UUGUAACGCCAAAUUAAAGUAUCUCGACCGAAUUAAAUUAACCUGUCACUAAUUAACGCAACCAAUUAAAUUAAUAAGGGAACUCUCCUUUUCGAGCACCCGCCAUUGUAGUGGCGCGGGAGAAAACGCCAUCUCCAUUCAAGAUAUCGCCGCUGGAUAACGGUGCGGCGCACGCGCAUUGCCCCGUCUCUCUCCCACUUACGGGCAAACGCGCGGGUUAGUGCGGAACGGUCGCAGACGGCGGCUGGCAAGCGAUUACUCGACUGACCUACUCGACCGCGCACACUCUUUCUUGCAACCAAGCGAAACCUAAUUUCUGUAGCGUGAGAAUUCGCAAUGUACGAACGGCGAUACAUGUUUAAUGAAAAACAUGUCUUAUCAUGUAGAUAAUAAGGAUGUUGAAGUGUUCUCAGCUUGGGAGGAGUGUACAUAGCGAGUAAUAGUUUGAUAUUAAGGUAAUUGCAGGUUUGCGGCGCUCUUUACCCGCGAGGCAUGUGGGUUAUUUUAAUCGAGGUAUCAGUUUCUAGAAGGAAAUGUGAAAGAUUAAUGUUCACUAGUUAGCGAAGUUGUUAGAUGACUUUUCGCGUGACAGGUAUUUACAUGAUUGAAUAUAGUAUUCCUUAGAGUGUGUAUAUAAUUAACUUACCUAAUUAGACAGUAUAAAAAUAUCGGAAUAAAGCAUUGAUCAUUUAGAAACUCUAAUUCAAAAUAUGGGACUUAAAAGAAUCUUAUUAUGUUCACAAAAUACCAUCAGAAUAGUAUGAUUAAGUUUAGAGUACACUCUAUCUAGUUGCUUCCAUAUUAACAACUUGAUUGAGUGACCAAUGUAUACUCUUGUUAAGCAUGACAAGUAGAAAAUCUUGACAAUCAAUAUAAACAAAGAGAAAUCAAUCGCAUAUAGACAGCAUACAAAGCCCAUUCACAAUAAAAAGAGUAAUUAAAUCCGUAACGCAAGCAACUUUUCCUACAGGGUCGAGUACAGGUGCAAGAAAUCAUUCCUUAAGUUAAGUCCGGGCUCUUAUCAAAACCAGUAUAAGCACACUUUUUGAUUAUACAAGUUUGUAGCUCUCUAGUUUAAAGUUACACUGGUUGGCUAGAAAGUACGAUUCUGUGUGGGAAUAUACGGCAAGGACAGGGCGAAAGUAGACCAAGAUAGCCAGUUAGAGCCCAACCGUGGCCACGAGACCACGUGCCACGAUGUACGCUCGCGAAUCAGUGAAAGUACGAUAAGAUGCGAGUCGCCAUCGCGUUGAUAUUUGUGUAGGUGCCUCACGUGGUGGGGUACGACUACGCGUCAGCGUGCGCGCGACCGCAGCGCUCGGGACGCGCGCGCGCCUCCGCCCCCUGCGAUCUCAGUAAGCAGAGCUACUGCACUAGUCCGGGAGAAGCUUACCCGUGGCACGCCAUCAGGAGAUUCGUGAGGGAAAACCAGGGUCUCAUGAGAAGAAUGUAUGGCGAGGAACGUCACAUAUCAGUUUUAAAAGCAGAACUAGAGAACUUUAUAGAAGACGAUGAGGAUGAAAAUGUUAAAAAGACUGCAGAUUUCGCCGAAGACAUAAUCAACACUAAAAUGAUGUACACUAAGAACAGCCACGGACGUGCCAUGAAAGUAAAACCCCACUUCAGACCAAUCCAAUCAAAUUCCAAUAGGAAAUCUGAUAACGAUACUUUAAGAGUAAAACCAUUAGAGUUUGACGGUAAUAACACCAAAAUUAAUAAGACUGGGAAUAGAAAUUUAACUGAAAUAACAAGUAAUGAGACGGUAUACGAGGACAAAGGUAUAUCUUAUAAAACUAAGCUUGAAAGCAUUGCUAACAUUGAGCUUAACAAUUUGGAUCCGGAUGUCAUAACGCUUGAAGCUGUAAUAAAACAAAGCAUCGAAACCAAUAGCAUUUACCCAAAUUUCGGAAACGUCAAAGGUGAACCAGUAGCUUUAGACGCUAAAAAUAGCUCAUCGAAUAAGAGCAUCACAACAACAACAGAAGCUAUUCUCAACUCAACUGAGACAACAACCGUGGAUAUGCAGUACGACGAUACGACCACAGAUUCGGGUAAAGACGCUUGGAAGCCGAUGACACCUGACACUUCAACUUUACCCCCGACACUUCUGUUUUCAGAGCACGAGAAGGUUAAGACUGACAGGAUAGACACCAAUGUCAACAUUGCCAACAAGAAGAAGGAAGAGUUUCAUCCAAAGCCUGCACAACCAGAAGCUAUGCGGCCUGCAGUUAUAAAAUUACGAGGAGCGAACGCAUGCGAGUCCAAGGAGGAGAUGGCAGCCCCGUUCUGGGCGAACAGCACGCGCGGUGAGGUUCUAGCGCUGCUCAAUAUGUAUCCCUUCGAGCAGUACAUCCAUCUGGAGACCUGUGUAAACGAGAAAAAGCAAAUGUAUUGCAGGGAGGGCUGCAGAUGUGAGCAGCAAUUCCGCCUCCACCGACUGCUCGCAUACGACCCUCGCAAUGAAUGCCGCGGGAUCUUUGCCGACUGGUUCAAGUUCCCAGCUUGCUGCGUCUGCAAGUGCUACGACGUCCCGCUCGAAUUUCGCGCCCGCUCCCCACGGAUACUGCACCCACAGUACGGGGAAGAAGUGAAGAGAGUAAUAUAUGAAGACGUAGCUAGGGACUGGUAUAUGUCCGCGUAUGAUGAUGAAGACGAUCUCUUUUAAUGUACUGAUUUUGGCAAAGUAAUAUUAUCUUUAGCAGCAAAGUGAUAGGCAAAUCAAACUUCUGUAUCAGUAAUGCUAACUUAAACUUAAACCCACCUUGUGAUUAGAGUCAAGUCAGACCAAGCUAAGUUGGCAGCGAUUUUGAUAACCCACACGGUGCAAAUGUUUUUUUAAACGUCAUACUUCGAGCGUCGCGUCAGGACUAUCAAAAUCGCUGCCAACUCAGCUUGGUCUGACUUUAAAAUUAUAACUAUAUGUAUAUUCUGUAGUUGAAAAUUGUUUUUAUUAUUACUAUUAAAAAUUGUUUUUAUUUUUUAUUCCAUGGUGUUAAAAGACUAUUAAUAGAACACCAUUCUCGAAUGGUACUUGUAUUUUGUGACUGUAAAUCGUAUGCUCUCAAGUCAAUUAAUAGGUAAUUUAUGAAAUGAUUUUAAUGUUAUGUCUUGUUGUUACUAACUUAUAAUAAAUAGUAUAAGUAGUUUAUUUUAAUUAAGGCUAGUGUGUAAAAAAUAAACGUUGUUGUUCAUCUGAAAAUUUAAUAAUAAUUAUUAUUAUAAAAACUUGUACAGCAUUUUUUGUUCAACCUAUCCUAAUACCUAUCCUUGACCGUACUUGAAAAGUGUGUUAUUUUGCCUAAUCAAUGUUCAUACAGCCGGUCAAACAACUUUAUUAUUAGAAAAAGGCGCGAAAUUAAAAUUUUCUACGGGAUGUUAACCCUUCGCGCCUACAUUUAGCUGUGUGAUGUGGUCGCUAGAUAAGAUUGACGCCAAUUUAAUUUGUGACCAAAUUGUCAACUUGAUUGUAUCGGAGAGAUCUGAAACUAUUAUUUAUAGCUGACAGCUCGACAC